GGAAGAAGGAGCACUAGUACAAAUUUGUUCUAGCGUAUGGAAUAAAUGCGCCUCUAUCUUUAUGUCUUUCUGAAUCUAAUGUAGAUCUAAUACUAAUACAAACGUAAAGAACGCGGUGAUCCUCUCUGAAACAAACUCUAGUAUUUAUGUCACGUGACUUAAAAGCGCCAUCUUGUGCACUUCGCAUAACUGUGAUUCGGGUGGAUGCCGUCUUCCAAAGCCAAGGCGUCUGAUAACCGUACAAGUGGAAUAUUUCUAGAUUGUAUCGGUAUUCACAGGUUGCCUCAAAAUGUCUGUUUUCCGUAAAAGAAGCAAAAGUGAUGCUCAAACUGAAUAUACUUGCAAUAUUCGUUUCCUGGAUGAUACGGAGACGAUUCAACUGACUUUUAAAAAAGAUACUCUGGGGCAAUGGUUGUUCGACAGAGUUUGUGAGAAACUCAAUUUAGUGGAAAAGGACUAUUUCGGACUCCGAUAUGUUGAUACUGAAAAUCAAAGACACUGGCUUGAUCCAUUGAAGUCUGUUUAUAGGCAGCUCAAAGGAUUGAACAAAAUGGUUCUUUGUUUCCGUGUCAAGUUUUACCCUGAAGAUCCCAUGAAACUUCAUGAAGAAAUUACAAGAUAUUAUUUAUUCCUUCAGUUACGUAGAGAUCUUCAUCAUGGAAGAUUGCUGUGUCCUCAUGACGAAUCCAUACAGUUGGCAGCCUAUAUCAUACAAUCUGAAGUAGGUGACUAUGAUCCACAAGACCAUUUACCCGGAUAUGUGUCAGAGUUCAAAAUGUUGCCUAAACAGACACCCAAACAUGAGGAAAAGAUCAUGGAAGCUCACAAAGCCUUGGCGGGAGAAGUCCCAGCAGACUGCGAAGCCAAUUUCCUCAGAAAGGCUGCCAGUAUGGACACUUAUGGAGUUGAUCCUCAUCAAGUGAAAGAUCAAAGAGGAGAUCCACUCUAUCUCGGUGUAACACACCUGGGCAUAAUGACCUUCAGGGGAAGUAGAAGAACACAGCUUUUCAAAUGGAAUCAAAUCAGAAGAAUAGCAUAUGAAGGCAAGAUGUUUAUCAUCAUUUACAGUGGUUCAGAGGAGGAAGAUGCUGGGAGCUCGAAAAAGGAUCUGAACAUUGCAGCGGUUACCCUGUGCUUCAGGGACGUUAAAAAACACCAAACUGUUGGCUACAAGUGUUUAACUGCUCCUGCCGCUAAGUAUUUGUGGCGCUGUGCAGUAGAGCAACAACUCUUCUUCACAUUGUCAUCUUCAGCUACAGCACCUAAGAUAAGAUCUGGUGGUAGUCUCUUCUCCAGAGGAUCAAAAUUUCGUUUCAGUGGUCGAUGCCAGAAUGAAGCAUAUGAAGCCAGCGAAAAUAUUCAUAGAUCAGAACCACCAUUUGCUAGAACAUCCUCAUUGCCAAAUUUUGGAAAGAGAAAUCAUGGAAAUGAAAAGAACAACACAUUGAUCAGAGAUUCCAGAACAACAGAAAGUUUCAGAGAAGAUCGCAGAAAGUAUAAUGUCUAUCUUGCCCCUGGCAAGAAUAAAGAAGAGGCUGCCAUUGAUGUUCCUAGUAGCAUAGUUCUUGGUGAGUCUCCAGCUAUCACACCUACUAAAGAAGAAGUUAUUGAAGCUGGCCCUCAAGUUAAAGCACCUCUUGCUUCUGUAGAGGCCUUUGAAGAGAAAAUUCAGAAAACUGUCUCAGCUCCUGUUACAGCAGCUCAACCACCUCCAGCUUACAAGGAAAAUGGCCAGGUUGUGAAAGAGAGACCUGCAGUAUUGGAAACCAGUAUAGAUGAAACCCUACCCUAUGAACCUAACAAUACAUUAGAGGACAGUGAUGAAGACAGGCUAGUUGACAAGCCCAAUCUAGAUGAGCAGAUCAAGCAGCUUGAGGAAGAGAUAAUCAAUCCAAGUUUUCAGAAAGAUCUCAACUUGUCUCCUCCAGAGGCUGUGCAACCAGUUGCUAAGGAAACUCCAAAAAAAGAACCAGUGAAAACAUCCUCAGGAGUCUGUGUCAAGGCUGUUAUGAUCUCUGUAGUUAUCAUGCUACUACUCUCAAUGGCUCUGUUUUAUGUGGUAUUCUUUAGCCCAAUCAAGCACCCAAUCAUUUCCAAGAUGAGACAUAGCCUAGCUUUUCUGGAGCCUGUGAAAGAUCUCUUGAUACAUAAAACUAAUCAAGUUGUUGGUUACUUUAAAAAAUAAACUAUCCUUUUUUUUUUUGGUGGAUAAAUAUUCUCAUUUAUUUUCUACUCAGCUCAUUUCUACCUGCCAGACUGUUAGUGCGUUCAGGUCAACUCCAACCUUCAAUAUGUUGUGAUUUUUCAUUUGAAUUUUUUUAUACAUAUUUUAUUCAGAUUUGUAAAGACUUGAGCUCGUACUCUCAUUAAAUUUGUAAAAAAAAAACAAAAAAAAAAAAACAUUGUGAAUUCCAAAAACCCAACUAUCUUUCCUCUUACUAUAUUAUCUUUUAUAUGAUUGUGGCAGUGGAAAGAUUAAGAUAUCACAUACAUAUUAUAUUAAAUAUAUUUCCACAUUCUUCUAUUAAGACUUCAACAUAUUAAUGUUAUGUUGUCCUCAUACAUCUGUGUAUGAAGAGAAGGCUGUUAUUGAUAUGGUUUUGGGAUUUCCACUUAGAAUGCAAAUGUUUCUUUUAUCAUUUACUUUUGAUGUGAAUGAUGUUGGUGGUUGGAAAGUUACAUGGUGCUGAUUUAGUUGUGGAUAUUCCUGUAGUUGUUAGUUGCAUGUCUUUGGCUUUUGAUACAUUUGUUGUGCUUUUUUUUUUGUUUGAAUUUUUUACAAGUGAUUAGUGAAGUAUAAUAACAUAUUUCCAUUUUUUUUUUUUAUAAAAAAAAAUUCAUAUUACUGGUAUGUUUUAGUUUCUAUCUUUGACUUCAAGGAAGUUGAUUUAUAAGAUUUGAGUAUAGAGUUGCUCAAAUGUUAUAUUGUAAUGUUGUAAGCAAUAUUUACUGAUAUGUAAUCUGAGAUUCGGUAUGCAGUAAUUUGUUAGAUUUGUUAUACACACUCUAUUCUAAACAAAUGAUUGUGAAAAUGAAUUAUAUUAUUUAAGUCAUUGUUUUUAAAACUAAUCUGUACCUUGGCAUGAAUGAGAGAAAAUGCAAGCCUACUAAAUCAUCACAUAAAUAAGUUCAUUGUCAUUCUCAGAGCUUCGUUUUUCUUUUUUUAAUUUUGUAUAUGAAUCUCAUGCUUGUGUUACAGUACAUAUGUUUGGUGGGACACAGAGGGUAUCACAUUCCACCUCUUAUGAAUAAACCAAAAAAAAAAAAACAACUAGAAAGCCACUCUCUACGGUUUAUUAAUAUAAUUGCUUAUUAUAAUCUUUUUUUUUUUAUUAUCACAGUUCGUUGUCCCUUUGUUAACUAUCAUUGCCCUGGGUGAUCUUUUGUUUGGUAAUAUUAUCAUUGAACAUCCUUUGCGAAGUUUCACCAUUAAGUUUGUGUCUAUUAUACUUCUAUACCUGCUAUUCUUUGUGCCUAAUACUACUAACAGGGUCAUUCACUGUAGAAAACUUUCACAAGCAUUGCGAUCUAACUAUAAUAUUUACAGCAAAUUUGUAUCACUUAAAUUUUAUCUAUCUUGCAUAUCAUUAUUUAUAUUUUAUUUUUGUAGGCUAUACUCAUUUCUACAAAUGUAUAUACAAAUCACUUUUGCAUCACCAUUUUAGUUUAAUAUGUUCACAACUAUUUUUGCCAGAUUGAUGUAGUCACAUUGUCUCAUCCAUUAGAUAACCUUCUAUAUCCUUAUAAUCAUUUGAUAUAGCGUACUUUCAUUUUCGACAAGGAUGAGAUAUGUCAUGUGAUUUGAAGAACAAAAGUAUUUCAGGAGUGCCAAUGAUCAGAGGCAUAAACAGAACAAACUUAGUCAGUGUGUUGUUUUUAAUUGAUGCUGUUUUUUUUUAAUAUAGAUUUUGUGUUAACUUGAAAACUUAUUUUAAUUAACAAAUCUAUUUAUGGGUUUAAUUUUUAUCAGCUUGGGAAAUUAUAAUUGUGUUUCAUGUUUUAUUUGUAAUGAUGAGAAAUCAGUAAAUUGAUACAUAAUAUUGUUAUAAAAUUAUUUUUAAAGGCAUUUAUUUAGUUGUUUCUUUCCUGUGCCUAGUUUGUAUCUUGCUACUUAUUGAAAUAUUUUUGCUGUGAUGUCUAUUGCUAAGCUUUUGCACUUUGUAGAUAUUUUUAGUUCAAGAAAUUAAGGCAUUGCUUUUUUUUUUUCUUUUAAAACUUUUUUUUGUUGUUUUUUUUUGUCAUGCCAUUUUUUUGUGUUCUGUUUUUUCCCCAUACAUGUAUUUAGUAAACUGUAAAUAGCAUUGAACCAAUUCCUUGAUCUUAAUUCCUAUGUUCACCAGUGCAAUGUGUAAGAAAUGUUUCAAAUAGUUUCAUCUUUUAAGAAUCUUAUUUACCAGAUUCGUUGUGUCAUUUCUGUAUAUUGGUUUUGUACCACUAGAAAACUACAAAUAUUCAUCACGUUUUGUAUUUAUUUUUUUUUUUAUGAAUUGGAUUUCUUAUUUACUUUCUGUGAUGCACUUUCUAAUUUUCGGAGUGGGCUUCAUUCAAGAUUAGCUCUAUGUCAAGUUUAUGCCUUUUUUUUUUCAUGUGAGUGAAAUCAUAAUUUAUCUGUUUCUUUUGUAUUCAUUUGACAAUUUUAUGAUUCAAUUUUGUUUAGAUUAUAUCUAGAUACGUCUUGGACUAAUUCAUUUCCUUAGGUUUCUUUUUCUCUUGUCCCCCCUAAAAGGCAAUCUCUUUUUUUUUCAAGGCAGCAAACUUUUCUAUCAUUUAUUUUUGGUAAUUAAGUUGAUGUUGUGUAUCUACUGAAAUAUUUUAGUUGGGGCAGGAUUCUUUUUAUAGUGCAUUUGAUAAAUAUUGUCCAUUUAAAAAAAAAGGCUAUGCACAGAUUUUUGUAAUGAACUGAUAUCCUAGAGGAACAUUAAAUGCACAUUCUUUCAACUUGUAUUGAACUAUUGUUUCCGUGGACUAGAGAUAGGCUGCAGAUAUUAUAAAUUUGCUUCAAUAAAUAUUGUAGUUCCCAAGAAAAUAAAAUUUGGAGAUAAUGCA